GGUCCUUGAAAUGUUGCUGCUCUUCAGGUGUGGAAUUUCUAGAGGGGAUUUCCAACACAGAGCUUCGACAAAGCUGGUGGUUACCAACCUGUUGUUUGGAUGUCCAUUACAUCAGAAUUUACAUAUAAAAGUUGGAGACAAAGCUGAACUUACCAGAGUUUUUACACAGAAUGAUGUUCUUACUUUUUCUCAUUUAACAGGUGACACAAAUCCUUUGCAUUUAAGUGAAGAUUUUGCCAAGAAAACUAAAUUUGGUAGAACUGUUGUACACGGAGUUUUGAUCAAUGGACUUAUUUCUGCAGUUCUGGGUACUAAAAUGCCCGGUCAGGGCUGUGUGUUUCUUUCUCAGGAGAUUCGAUUUCCAGCUCCUCUGUAUACUGGAGAAGAAGUGAUAGCUGCAGCAGAAGUGAAACGACUGAGGAGCUCCAUUGCACGCAUCUCAGUAUCGUGUAAAGUCAGAGAAAGUGGAAAGACUGUUAUGGAAGGGAUGGUGAAAGUCAUGGUGCCAGCAAGUUCGAGCUGUUGAUCUUGUGUUUCUUCACAGUAAAGACAGAAGCGUAUGCUUGGUUUUGACUGCCUUUGUCACGUUCCAUCUAAACUUGCAAGAAAAAAACCUUUAGGAUCUUUCAUUGACAGCAAACAAACACAGUCCUGAGAGUAACUGCAUCAAGAAACUUAAACCUUUUUAUUUUUCUGUGCAGUUCUAGAAUUGGGCACUCACAUCUGACAGACGUGGCCCUUUUAGACAAACAUCUGCCGUGCCACAGGGCUUGGAGUGAGGCUGCUCCUUUCAGCCAAUCUGCAGGUUACACUAGUUAAGUUCAGUCAGAACAUUUUUGCUGUUUAUAAAGUAGUUAUAUUGCUAACAAACGUGUGAGAAAGGAUGGUGCUGUGCAUUUCACAAGUAAACCAGACCAGUGGAAGUGCUGACACUCACAUACUGCAAGAUUUCUUCAGGUAAUCUGCACUGAAGCUCUGGCUGAUGUUGCUGCGGUGUGCUCUUCUGCACUAUUCUAACUUCUACAUAGAAGUUGUAGUCAGCCUUUAUACAAGCAAUAUAUGCUUUCUGAUAAAGCUUGUAGGUGCAGCUCUUGCCAUAUUUCACCAGGAAUAAUGGGGACCACCUACUGAAAGCACAGGCUCUUUUCAAUGGCUGACCCAUAAUUUUAUGGCCAAACAUAUGCUAUCCUCCCAUCUCCUCUGCAGCAGAAAUGCAUUGUGCACUGAUGCAGAUAACCUCAGAAGUUGUUUGCUAUGUGCGUGGUAACUGCUGAGUCCUGGCCUGAUUGAGCACCUGGGAAAGGACCCACUCAGCCUCGGGAGCACAGGUGAAGGCAGUUCAGCUGUAGACCUCAUUGAAGGGCUGAUUGCCAGUGGGGAAGGGUCUCUUUCCGGAGAUCCUUCCUUGGUGAAGUUUCCUCCUGUGAAUCUGCAAUCUUCUGAUAACUGGUGAGCAGUCGUCUUCCCUUCCUUUAUAGCACCUUUCUGUUAUGCUGAUCUUUUUGUCAUCAUGCCUUUGCUAUAAUGCCUUUCCCCUCGUAUUGAUCUGUCCAAUUGCUACGCUAUGGAGAGAAGGUUUGUCUUCAAACAGUGCAAUGAAAGUACCAGUAAAAUAGCUAAGCUAUCCAGGUGCAGUGCA